CCGGAUCUUCCAACUACAUUGCGGCGUAAACUGAUCACAAAGGCGAGCGCAGAUGGCAGAUGCGUCCCGUUUGACUCGAGAAGAGUCUCGUGCCUCCACAGCGUCACUUAUAGAGGUCGAACCCUCCCCGGUGGAGGAGACUCCCACGGAAUUCCGCGAAGACGGAAGCUACUUUCCGGUUGAUGAGAAAGACGAGGCCGUUCCUGAUGGUGCAAGGACGCCAUUCUUGUCCAGAUCAGGCACUCUGGUUGGAAUAGGGCACCAUGGGCCUGCCUUCUACCUUACCCGUAUUCAACGCUACUCUACGUAUGCAUUCACGAUUUUUGGCACAUUCCAUAUAACGAACACGUCAAUAAUACCGCUGAUCACCCAAUCUGUCCCAACGGCGGACACCUAUCUCCUCCUCACACGGCCAUAUUAUCAAUCUCUUCCGUUUGAGCCUCUCCUUAUAACCGGCGCUGUGGGCCUGCACAUCGCGUCUGGUAUUGCGCUACGCCUAUUCAGGAGAAGACAGCAAAUUCAUCGCUACGGCGCAGAUACAUUCGCAGAGCGUAGGAGUAUCAAGUGGCCACCGGUAAGCUGGACGAGUGCAACCGGUUACAUUUUUGCUCCCCUCGCUAUUGGACACGCUUUCAUCAACCGCGUGCUGCCCUUGAUGUGGGAAGGUGGCAGCGCGAAUGUGGGAUUGGAGUACGUAUCUCAUGGAUUUGCAAAGCAUCCUAUUGUAAGUUGGGUAGGGUUCUCGGCUCUAGUCGUAGCUGGCUCAUGGCAUAUGGUGAGCGGUUGGGCGAAAUGGAUGGGUUGGUUGCCCACUCAGGCAACGGCUUGGAGCAGUGAUAUUGAAUUGAUAAGAAAGAGGAGGUUUUAUCUUGUCAAUGGAGCUGCUGCAGCUAUUGCAGGCCUUUGGCUAGCUGGUGGACUCGGUGUAGUUGGAAGAGGCGGUGAGGCGACUGGGUGGCUAGCGAAGGAGUACGACUUUCUGUAUUCAAAGAUACCCAUAGUUGGUCCUUAUCUCUAGCAAUCUAGACUAAGACUGAGAGGGGCUAUUUGCGGACAAUUCUCUUGAUCUUCCUCAUCUUAUGUGAGUGUGCAUAAAAUGAACUUGGCUGCAUAGUUUAUUCAAGAUCUGCUCCUUUGCAACAUAAUUAAAGUUACGAAUGUUGAGAGAAACCCGCCAUUCAG